CUGACAAGCCCUCUCCAGUCCGCCAAGUGCAUUAUUCCCCUUGCCGACUUUAGCCUCCCCUUGAGCCAGUGUCGGUCUGGUGGGGCCCGUUAUCGGCUGGAGCUAUCCUCGACAACCCUCAAGAGAUUGGCGGCGAAAGUGUCGAAACCGAGGAAUAACCGCGCAGCUUGGACUUUACUAUAUCGUAUCUGCAUGGAAGCGAAUGGUUUCGUGUCCAGGCGGGUGGACACACCAAGCGUCGAUGCCGGGGUUGCUGCUGGAGCUGCAGGGGCAGACAUUCGAUGGCUCGGCGGGAGGAUUUUGGAUGCUACGGAGGGGUUUGUUGGUGGUCUGUCACCGCCACGGAUAACAGCGGAACCGGACUUUACUGCGGUGUUGCAACUCCGAGCAGCCCCAGAGCCCACGGUGGCUGCUACGGAGACCGAAAUAGACUACGAGGGGCUCCCCCAGGGUGUAGCCACCAGUACACACAUGUUAGCCGGCGCCGUGGCUGGCAUCAUGGAACACUGCCUAAUGUAUCCCAUCGACUGUGUUAAGACGCGGAUGCAGAGCCUGCAGCCCGAGCCGGGGGCGCGUUACCGUAACGUGAUGGACGCGCUACGUCAGAUCGUGCGUACCGAGGGGGUGUGGCGACCUGUGAGGGGGCUGAACGUCAUGGCGAUAGGGGCGGGGCCAGCCCAUGCUCUGUACUUUGCCUGUUAUGAGAAACUCAAGUUCUCACUCAGCAACGUGGUCCACCCGGGAGCUAACAGCCACUUUGCUAAUGGAAUGGCAGGCUGCAUGGCCACUGUACUCCAUGAUGCAAUCAUGAACCCAGCAGAAGUGGUGAAGCAGCGUAUGCAGAUGUACAACUCCCCGUACCGCGGCGUGUCUGACUGCGUGGGCUCCAUCUGGAGGCGUGAGGGCCCCGGGGCCUUCUACCGCUCCUACACCACCCAGCUGACCAUGAACGUCCCCUUCCAGGCUCUCCACUUCAUGACCUACGAGUACCUCCAGGAGCUGCUCAACCCCCACAGACAGUACAACCCCUCCUCUCACGUCAUCUCUGGGGCGCUUGCUGGGGCCAUUGCUGCCGCCGCCACCACCCCGCUGGAUGUCUGUAAGACCCUCCUCAACACCCAGGAGGCCCUAGCGGUCCAUGCUGAGGUCCCAGGAGCGCUGGGGGUUGGAGCGAGUGUAGGGACGGCGUCUGCCACUGGGGGGCGCCACAUCUCGGGGUUAGGGGAGGCGUUCCGGACUGUGUACAGGAUGGGGGGUGGGGCGGCGUUCUUUAAGGGCGUCCAGGCCAGGAUCAUCUAUCAGAUGCCCUCCACCGCCAUCAGCUGGUCCGUCUACGAGUUCUUCAAAUACGUCAUCACUAAGCGCCAGUACGAGAGAAGGCUGCACCACCGAGACGGAGAGAAGUAGAGAGGGAGGGAAGACCUUCAUUCAAAAUGUCCCCAAGGAACCCACCCCCAUAGAUAUGUACUAGAAGGCUCAGCUCCUAUCUUUGGGCCAAGUUCCCCCUCUAUCUAACUCUAUAACCACCCCACAGUAACCCCACCUCUGACCAUUUGACCUCUGACCUUCUAAACUAACCAGGAAAUAAAAGCCCCCCCUAGUAUUUUUGACUAGAAGAGAUACAGCUUUUGUCAAAAUUCACCUUACUCAGCAGGUUAGGAGAAUUGUUGUAGCAGUUCAGGAGAAUUAGGUUAAGGUUAGCAAAAGUGAAGUUUUGUUUUUUGUUGCCAAAAGCUGUGUCCCAUCUACACCUGACCUCCUCUUAUCCUCUCACAUAAGAGAACAAGUCCCCAUCUUUCACAUAGUUUAUUAUAGACAUACUGUACAUGGCACUUUAAUUCAAAUAUACACUCACUGGCCAGUUUAUUUGGUACACCCAUCUAGUACCGGGUCGGACUCCCUUUGCCCCCAGAACAGACUGAAUUCUUUGGGGCAUGGAUUCUACAAGGUGUCGGAAAAGUUAUUUUCUCAAUUGGUAUCUAGGGACCUAAGGUGUGCCAGGAAACAUUCCCCACACCAGUACACCACCGCCACCAGCCUGUACCGGUGACACCAGGCAGGAUGGGUCCAUGGACUCAUGCUGCAUACGCCAAAUUCUGACUCUGCCAUCAGCUUGACGCAACAGGAACCGGGAUUUGUCAGACCAGGAGAUGUUGUUCCAUUCCUAAAUUGUCCAGUGUUGGUGAUCGUGUGCCCGCUGGAGCUGCUUCCUGUUGUUUUUAGCGAGUGGAACCCGGUGUGGUCGUCUGCUGCAAUAGCCUAUCAGUGACAAGGACCGACAAGUUGUGUGUCUGAGAUGAUGUUCUGCACACCACUGUUGUACUGCGUCUGUUUGUGGCCCGCCUGUUACCUUGCACCAUUCUUGCCCCUCUCCUUUGACCUCUCUCAUCAACGAGCUGUUUUCACCCAUGGGACUGCCACUGACUGGACGUGUUUUGUUUUCUCGCGCCAUUCUCGGUAAACCCUAGACUGUCGUGUGUGAAAAGCCCAGGAGGGCAGACGUUUCUGAGAUACUGGAUCUGGCCUACCUGGCACCAGCAAUCAUACCACGCUUAACGUCGCUUAGGUCACUCGUUUUGCCCAUUCUAACUUUCAAUGGAACAGUAACUGAAUGCCUGUCUGCCUGCUUUAUAUAGCAAGCCACAGCCACGCUACUCACUGUCUGUAGGAGCGAUCAGUUUUGGUGAAUGAGGUGAUGUACCUAAUAAACUGUCCAGUUACUGUAUAUAUUAAUUAUAUUUCUGCAUUUCCCUACUAUAACCACUAGGGGGCUUUGAGUCUCGACCUCCCUCCUCCAUUGACUUUAUGGACAGAUCUAAAAGAGUCCCAAUAAUAUCUACUUUCUCCCUCAAAUGUGCACUCGUUCACUACGUCCCACUAAUCUAAUAGUAUUGGGUUGGUGGAGGAAUGGGCUAGUUUCCACCAUGUUUCUUAUACCAGUCAUUUCCUUUCAAACCAGUGAAGGGAAGUGAACAAGGGCACACUUUGGGAGGAAGGUGAGGUCAUGGGGACGUAGACCAAGUGAAGACCUCUGUAUUGUGUGAUGACUGGAGUCAGUGGAUUCAGCAUUAAGGAUAUAUCUAUAGUCACGACUACCACUGGGCUAUAUUUAGAUUAACGUCUAGCAUUCUGAAAUGGGAAUUAAAUUCACCAGAAAUGGUUUCAUGCAAUGCUAUUUAAAACAAUAACUGCCUUUUCCAUCUUUGAGAUAGUGACUGGGCUUGUGUUCACGUAUUUCUCCGCCUGUAUGUAGACAUUGAGGAAUAUGAGUAUUUUGACUUGAAAUGUUCAACUUAACCCAUUGGAGUUGACUGUGUGUGGAUGUGACUGACUGAAUGAGGAAGAGAGAAAUAAAUCAAAUAGGAGUGUAAAGCGCUAGAACACUGAGUGUAAAGCGCUAGAACACUGAGUGCAAAGCGCUAGAACACUGAGUGCAAAGCGCUAGAACACUGAGUGCAAAGCGCUAGAACACUGAGUGCAAAGCGCUAGAACACUGAGUGCAAAGCGCUAGAACACUGAGUGCAAAGCGCUAGAACACUGAGUGCAAAGCGCUAGAACACUGAGUGCAAAGCGCUAGAACACUGAGUGCAAAGCGCUAGAACACUGAGUGCAAAGCGCUAGAACACUGAGUGCAAAGCGCUAGAACACUGAGUGCAAAGCGCUAGAACACUGAGUGCAAAGCGCUAGAACACUGAGUGCAAAGCGCUAGAACACUGAGUGCAAAGCGCUAGAACACUGAGUGCAAAGCGCUAGAACACUGAGUGCAAAGCGCUAGAACACUGAGUGCAAAGCGCUAGAACACUGAGUGCAAAGCGCUAGAACACUUGAGUGCAAAGCGCUAGAACACUGAGUGCAAAGCGCUAGAACACUGAGUGCAAAGCGCUAGGACACCAUAUUGAGAAUAAUGUGCCAUUUGGGACAGAACCUCUGAGGAUGGUAGGAGGGUGUGUUACACCUCCAGUCUACCAGACUUGAGAUUUAUGGGCUUUGGUUCAGAUGGCACUCUAUCCCCUUUAUAGUGCACUACUUUUGGCCAGGACCCACAGGGAGCAGAAGGCCUUUCCCUUGAGAUUGUGUAGUGUCCCAAAUGGCAUCUAUAUAGUGCACUACUUUUGGCCAGGACCCACAGGGAGCAGAAGACCUUUCCCUUGAGAGUGUGUGUCGUGUCCCAAAUGACAUCUUGGCCCCUAUAUAGUGUACUACUUUUGAUCACGGCUCAUAUGUCACUGGUCAAAAGUAGCGCACUAUAUAGGGAAUACGGUGCCAUUUGGGACGGAACCUUCUGACCACGCACCACUUUCUAGCACUUAUAGUCAUUUACAGUUGUGUGUGGUAACUAAUCAUUUAAAUAGUAACUUACAUACAUGUAGUUACUUAUCCUGUGGUAACUAAUCAUUUAAAUAGUAACUUAUACACAUGUGGUUACUUAUCCUAUGGUAACUAAUCAUUUAAAUAGUAACUUAUACACAUGUGGUUACUUAUCCUAUGGUAACUUUUAGCAACAUUUACUACGUACACACGGCCUUCGAAUCAGCCGCCAUGAGUCAAACGCACAAAUACAAAGUCCUGCUGGACCCUUCAUUUCUGAAGCCAUAUUAUCACAGGGAAGAACACGUGUGAAUAGGACUACUCUUAUCCUAGAUCAACUCAUUCUAUCUGUAAAGGAGUAGAGUUUCAGCCAAGUGUUCUGGAACCGACCUGAUAAGUGAAGAUUUAAUAUAUAGGUUCCUUCAUUAUUGGUUGAAAAAUUCUGGGAACUUUUCAAAAUCUCAGUUUAUCCAGGAAUGUUCUUGUAAUCGGUAGGGGGGAAAGCAGGGCAUCCUGAAUCCCCAACAAUGACCUGUUGAAAAACUUGGCAUUUUGGGGAAGUUAGGGGAAUUUUGGAUCCUUGUAAUCGAUUACUUGGCAGGAUAUCCCCCUCAUAUAGACUAACCAACUACCACCCAGAACGGCACCCUAUAGAACCUAUAGGUAGAAACUGCCACCCAGAACGGCACCCUAUAGAACCUAUAGGUAGAAACUGCCACCCAGAACGGCACCCUAUACAACCUAUAGGUAGAAACUGCCACCCAGAACGGCACCCUAUAGAACCUAUAGGUAGAAACUGCCACCCAGAACGGCACCCUAUAGAACCUAUAGGUAGAAACUGCCACCCAGAACGGCACCCUAUAGAACCUAUAGGUAGAAACUGCCACCCAGAACGGCACCCUAUAGAACCUAUAGGUAGAAACAACAUACUACAACAUACUGAAUACACAAGUAGCAAACAACGUUUUGAAUAUGUUAACAGUUAACUUAAAGGGGAAGUUCACUAUUUUACAACUUUGUCAGAUGGUUUCUCAUCCUGAAAGUAGUCUAUGGGGCCAGAAGAAACGUAUCAAUGCUUCAGGGCUUUUUAAACAACCACUACAAACGUUAGCCAACCGCUAGCUCCUAAAAUCCUGAACUUCCCCUUUAAAGGAGUUGCUGAGAGAAAAGAGAACUGAAUGUAGGAGUGUUUCCUGCUGUAUGCCAUGUUUGGGAGUGGAAACCAAAGACUGAAAGAACGAGGGAUGGGUGAAUCUGAUGUGAUGAAAAUGAGGAAAAGCUAGAGAAGAGGAUUGAUCUGUAUUGAAAGAGAAACUUCUUCCUGUAUUACUUUGUGAAUUGUAAAUAAAUAGUGGCUAAUGGGCAGCGCCUCGCAGAAGCAGGGUCUUCUCUUGGGACUGCUGCCCCCACGUGCUGGAGACAAAUGAUCCAUUA